AUGUCCAAAACCGUCGGGAACUCUUGGAUCGGUGAAGAGCUUCGUGCUCCCUCUUCGUCGUGGCUCCUUGGCGGCGGACAGAGGCACUUCGUGCUUGAGGUGGUAGCAGGGACUGGCGGAGAGCACAGCUGCCCAUCUACUCCAUGCACUAGUAUAAAAUCUCACCCCCCCCCCCCCCCCCCCAAGCUAAAAUUCAGAAUAAGGGAAACAGCAGAGUCAUCCCAUAAGAUUUUCACGUCUACCUUCCCUCGUGGGUUUGCGAUAGAAAUAGUCGAGGUCUAUUCCGGUCCGCCGGUGAUAGCCUACAAGUUCCGGCACUGGGCUUACAUGGAAGGUCCUUUCAAAGGGCAUGCUCCUACUGGAGAAUUGGUUCAAUUCUUUGGCAUCGCUAUUUUUGGGGUGGAUGAGCAGAUGAAAGUCACAAAGGUGGAGUACUUUUACGAUCCUGGAGAACUUCUUGGAGGGCUAAUGAAGGGUGCCAAAAUUGAAAAUUAUGAGGGAGACGCUGCAAUGAUAAGCAGUUGCCCUAUCCUCAGGAACACAGGGUAGCAUUGACCAAUAGUUUAGAGGAUGAGUACGUGCUGCAAAGACCUCGUUCGAGCAGCAGUACUUUAAAUAAAUUGUAAGCAGCAUUGAGGCCAUGUUAUGGAAAAACAAUGACCAGAUCAAUACGAUCUGAUGCAAUAAACACGAAUAAUUAUAAAAAUAUCAGACUAUGCU